AUGUUCGGAAGCAUUUCUACUUACUUCGUCACCCUCUUGGCCGCAGCCUCGACGGUUGCCAACGCCGCUGCUACUUCCAAGAACCCCGUCUACACCGGCCUCGGUACCCGAUACGGCGACAGCGAUGGCUGCACUGAGGAGGAUUGCUGGCAGAAGGGUGCCUGCAGCUUUGUCGACUACAAGCUGCCCGCUGGCAUCGACGGAACUACCUGUGUCUCUGAGGAUAUCUGGAAGGAUGGCGCCAACUGCGGUGGUUGCAUUCAGGUCUCCUACAAGGGCAAGUCCCUCAAGAUCAUGGUCACCAACAAGACUGGCGGCGACAAGAACCAUCUCGACAUGACCCCCGCCACCUGGUCCAAACUCACCAACGGCAUGACCGGCGGCGGUGUCGACGGCAUCAAGUGGAAGUGGAUCGCCUGCCCUCUCAAAUCACCUCUCCAGGUCCACAUGCACGGCGGCGCCUCCAAGUACUGGUUCGCCGCUACCAUCGAGAACAUCACCCACCGCGUCAAGGCUGUCGAGGUCAGCAGCGACAGCGGCAAGACCUGGAAGGCGACUACUCUCAAGGACCCCAACAUGUGGAUCCUCAAGGGUACGCUGCCCAACGACACUGCCUGGGUCCGCGUCACCAGCGUCAACAACAAGAAGGUCAUUGUCAAGAACGUUGCUCUCAAGUCUGGAGUCGUCACCAAGGGUACUUCCAACUUCUAAGGGACUUGAGUAGCAUGGUGGAGUGGAGGCAGGGCUAGAGGCUCUGAAGCUGUUUUAUUUUGUGCGUGUGUUGAUAGUCUCAAGCUGGC